AACAAAAUGCAGAAGCAAGUGGAAGUCAGGAUGGAUGAGAACCACCUGGAGCCCAGAGUGGAGAACACUGAGAGUGCAUGUAGCUCUUUUUGUGAUAAAAUCAUGAAGAACAUGGUGCUCACUCUCACAAUCCUUGGUGUGUUUUUGGGCUCCAUUGCUGGAAUGCUGCUGCGGCACAUAUCGCCUCUCCCUCCUGAUGUUGUUAUGAUCAUCGCCUUCCCUGGGGAGAUCCUAAUGAGGAUGCUGAAGAUGCUUAUUCUGCCUCUCGUUGUUUCCAGUCUGGUCACAGGACUUGCCGGUUUGGAUGCCAAAUCCAGCGGCCGCCUCGGCACCAGAGCCAUGGUGUACUACAUGUCAACGACUGUGAUCGCAGCCGUCCUCGGCGUGAUCCUGGUGCUGCUCAUCCAUCCCGGAAACCCCAAGCUGAAGGCGAACUUGGGACAGGGGAGGAAGAACGACGAGGUGUCCAGCAUGGACGCUUUCUUCGAUCUCAUCCGAAAUCUUUUCCCGGAGAACUUGGUGCAGGCGUGCUUCCAGCAGAUCCAGACAGUAACCACCAAAAUACCUGUGCCCACUAACAGAACCAAAGCACCUCCACAGUUCACAGUGAAGAGGUCGCUUCAGUUCAAGGGAGGGAUGAAUGUCCUCGGUUUGAUUGGAUUCUUUGUUGCUUUCGGGGUUAUCAUGGGAAAAAUGGGAGAAAAGGCCAAAAUGAUGUUGGAGUUUUUCAACGUCCUGAAUGAGAUCGUUAUGAGGCUCGUUGGAGCAAUCAUGUGGUACUCUCCUGUUGGUAUUGCGUGCCUCAUCUGUGGAAAGAUCAUCUCCAUCGCUGACCUGGAGGUGGUUGCCAGACAGCUGGGGAUGUACAUGGUCACUGUGAUAGUGGGUCUCAUCAUCCAUGGAGGCAUCUUCCUUCCGCUGAUAUAUUUUGUGAUAGUGAGGGAUAACCCCUUCACGUUCUUCAUGGGAAUAUUUCAAGCUUGGGUCACAGCACUCGGGACAGCAUCCAGUGCCGGUACUCUGCCCGUCACAUUCCGGUGCCUAGAGGAGAACCUGGGCAUCGACAAGAGGGUGACACGCUUCGUCCUCCCAGUGGGUGCCACCAUCAACAUGGACGGCACGGCGCUUUAUGAGGCCGUGGCUGCUAUUUUUAUUGCUCAGAUGAACGGGAUCGCGCUCGACUGGGGCCAGAUUAUUACCGUCAGUAUGACAGCCACUCUGGCCAGUGUUGGAGCAGCCAGUAUUCCCAGUGCAGGACUGGUGACAAUGCUUCUGAUCCUCACAGCAGUGGGCCUGCCGACUCAGGACAUCAGUCUGCUGGUGGCUGUCGACUGGCUGCUGGAUCGUUUCCGUACCUCGGUUAACGUGGUCGGGGACUCGUAUGGAGCGGGCAUCGUGUACCACCUCUCCAAACACGAACUGGACUCCUUCGACUCCCAGCAGACCAGGAUGGAGGACUUUGAGAUGUCAAAGACACAAUCUUUUUAUGAAAAUAACACCAACCAGAAUGUUUACACUCACCACAACUCAAUCUUAAUAGACGACUGCAAGGUCACCAUGGGCAAAAAUGGCAAGACUUCAGAUUUCUCUCUUGUUGAAGAGGGACCGUGGAAAUGCGAGUAAAGCAGAUCCAGAUGCUGCUGCGCCUUACCAACUGAGUUCCAACAGUUCUUUAACUUUCUGCCGACAAGACAAACAACAACACAAAUCACGUAGAGACGAAAGGAAGGGAAAAAAAGUGAGUUAGCAAUAUCAACGAUACACAAAAGACAGUCAUCUUUUUCUUUUAGCUACCUAUCCGGGCAGCUACUGGACCAUUCAACAAAUCACUCAACAACUUGUGUUGGAUCUGGUAUUUGCACUAACACAGACUCUAACUUACCAAUGCAUUUCAAGCCCUUUGUGCAGAAGAAUCAUUUAUGCGGUUGACAUGACUCCUUACUCGGUGCUGCUGCAAGCUUCCUGAAUUGUCAACCAAAGAAUUCUUCGACAACAUUUCAGUUUUUUUUUCUUCUUUUGUAUCAAAGCAAUUUUUUUGUAGCAUCAAGGGCAGAGAUGAUCUGUGGACGAUGGCCUUGCCAGGUAAUCACUUUGUUAGUUUAAUUGAAGCAAGUGAGAAAUGAUGUCAAAGUUGGAGGUAAUGGACUCAAAUCAAAUUUUACAGAUUAGCACGUCAGUAUUUGACAGAGUUUCUGGAUGAAUGUUUGUCUGUAUUAAUGGUUUUUGCGUAUUUGUGAUUUCUGACAACUCUGUCUUCUUAUGUAAUGUCCACAAACACUGGACCAAAUGUUCAUAAAUAAUGCAAACAUUGACUGAAUGCAACAGCGCUCCAUGUGGACUCAUGAUGUCAGUGCAGGAGGGAUAA